CCCCCAAAAAAAAGCCCCUUCUGUAUCGAAACCCUAGAAAUUCAUUUUACAAGAAUUGCCUUAACGGAGCCCUAGAUUUUCUCUUCGAGCUUUCACUUUCCCGAUAUAAUAUUCAGACACUCCGAUGUGUCAUGAAACUCAACUCCGUACCCGAAUUCGCGUAUCGUAGAUCCUAGAUCCUUAUCCGGACAUUUAAAUUAUCCUAACCCUCCCGCUCCGAUCCGGUUUAGUUGCGAUAGUUUCCCAAGAAAAGUUGACAUUUGAUAAUUUACUCAUCGUGGCUUUGGCAUGGGUAAGGUUCUCCGAGAAACGUCUAAGCCAUCCUCCAAUUCUUCAUCCCCAUCCCCCUCUUCGGCACCUGCAACAACCUCAUCUUCAUCAAUAACCGAUACUGUAAGGGGUUCUCACCAGUUCAAGAUCUCAGGAUAUUCCUUAUCAAAAGGGAUCGGGAUCGGUAAAUAUAUAGCAUCUGACACGUUUUCAGUCGGUGGGUAUGAGUGGGCGAUCUACUUUUACCCGGACGGGAAGAGUGUCGAGGACAAUGCGACUUACGUAUCACUAUUUAUCGCGCUUGCCAGUGAGGGGACGGACGUUAGGGCGCUCUUCGAGCUAACGCUUUUGGACCAGAGCGGGAAGGAGAGACAUAAGGUUAAUAGUCAUUUUGAGAGGACGCUGGAAAGCGGGCCGUACACGUUAAAAUACCGUGGCAGCAUGUGGGGUUACAAGCGAUUUUUCAAGAGAACAGUUCUGGAGACCUCAGAUUACCUUAAAGAUGACUGCCUCUGUGUUACUUGCAGCGUUGGUGUUGUGAGGUCAUACACAGAGGGCCCUAAAAUCUACUCUAUACCAAUACCACAAUCUGACAUAGGCCACCAAUUUGGGCGGCUACUUGAAAGUGAAAAAGGAAGUGAUGUGAAUUUUGAAGUUGAUGGUGAAAUUUUUGCUGCUCAUAAAUUGAUAUUAGCAGCUCGUUCUCCUGUUUUCAGAGCCCAGCUUUUUGGUCCUAUGAAAGAUCAGGACACUGAUUGUAUAAAAGUUGAAGACAUGGAGGCUCCUGUUUUUAAGGCAUUGCUUCAUUUUAUAUACUGGGAUUCACUGCCUGACAUGCAAGAGCUUACAGGGUUGAACUCGAAAUGGGCAACAACCUUAAUGGCUCAACAUCUGCUAGCUGCAGCAGACCGGUAUGGCUUAGAGAGGCUUAGGUUGAUGUGUGAAGCCAGUCUCUGUGAAGAUGUUGCAAUAAAUACUGUGGCUACAACUUUAGCCUUGGCAGAGCAGCAUCAUUGUUUCCAGCUCAAAGCAGUUUGUCUCAAAUUUAUUGCGACACCUGAAAAUCUCAGAGCUGUGAUGCAGACUGAUGGUUUUGAGUACCUGAAGGAGAGUUGCCAAUCUGUCCUGACUGAGCUCUUGGAGUACGUGGCUAGAUUCACUGAGCAUUCAGACUUCAUGUGCAAGGAUAGGAAUGAAGGAAUACUUGAUGGCAGUGACAUGAAUGGUAGACGGGUGAAGCAAAGGCUCUAGUCCGAACACUGGACAGCUUUAUGUAACACAACCCCCCCGCCCCCCUUUUUCCUUCUCUGAAGAGAGUGAAAUCUUUAGAUAGAGAUUAUAAUCACUCAUAGGACUAGGUGCCAUUCUUAGUUCUCUUGUAUUCAUAUCUAUGAUAAGUAAAUGUAGUAUGUUUUGUUGGCAUUUCCAUAUAGAUUUCAAUAAUUUGUUAUUUCCCCUCGUUGAAGAACUAAAACAGGUCUAAAGGGUAUUGAUCGCUGCUUAAUAAUC